AUGUCUAGAUUUGUGUCAACUCCAUUGCUUGUACCGUUCUAAGUGGGUUCCAUAAAGUAGAUAUUACCUAACAAUAAGAUAAAUUAAAAAAGGAAAAAAUCAACCAAAGAAUAAAAAGAGCAGAUCAAAUCAAAGGAUUACCAAUAGUUGAUUGUGCCUUACAGUUUUAAGCCGAAAGAAAAGUAACUGGUUUCAUUCGAUUAAAGACCUAAGAAAGUCAAGAAUCUUUUAAUGAUAACUUAUGAAAAUUCAAAAGAUGAGAGUUUGAAGGAAAUAAUCGAACUUCAAGAACAGCUUAGAGACAUUGGAUUAAUAACCAAGAAAUAAAAUACAAGGGGUCCAUCAUAAGAUUUUGAUGAUAUAAUGGGAAAGGAUAUGCAGUCUUACUAUGAUUAGCAGCUUGCAGCUCGACAAAAUGCAAAAACUUCCUAUCAGCAGUUCAAAGAGAAAUAUGGCGAUAAGAUGAGAGACGCAUCUAGAAAUUAAGUGAUUUAAGAUUAACUCUUGAUAACAGAAUUGGAUGAUUACAUAUUCGAAGAUAAGCAAUUUAUGCCAAGAGUAAUUAAAACUAGCCAGCAAACCAAAAGAAGUGAGAGAAAUUCACUGCCAAGAGCUUAAUCUUUACUUAAGAAAAAUAAUCAACAGAUUAGAUCGCCAAUAAAUAAUCAUAAGACUUUAUCAAUUAACUCACAAGCUAGGCCGAUCACAAGUCACUAAUAAAUGAAGAAGCAAAACACACUUGGUGAGUUAUCUCUAUCAUCUAGCGUAAACUAAAAUGUCUUCCCUAUUGAUGUAUUAAUAUCAAGGCCUAAAUCUAAACUUUUAUCUAUCGAUAUAGAUAAGCCCUUCAUAGAAUUCCUUACUAAAGACAAGGUAAACCCUCAAAGUGUAUAUCAAAAGGUAAAUAUAGCAACUGAUUAUAACAUGGACAUUGCUACUUAACCUAGAUUAAAUGAAAAUGAUUACCAAAAGAUGAAGGGUCAUGGAGGUUUUCCUCACUAUAAAAAAAGAAAAAGCGUUAAUGGAGGAAAGCAAACUCCUCUAAGAGAAAGAAGCUAAGGUUAAGGAUCAAAUAUUCAUCAUCCUUAAUCUCCAUAUUUGAAAAGAGUUUCGCAUGGGAAAUUUUCAAAUGAUUUCAGCUAGAAGUAACUUCAAAAUCUGAAAGUAUCUUUACAAUCUGAAAAUACUUUUCAUACCCCAAAUGACCAUACUUUAGGAUAAAGCAAUAGCUCACAUCAUCUAGAAAAAGCAUAAAGUAUGACUAGAUUUAAAUUUAACAUGGCUUAUAAUAACCUCAAGAAUAAGUUAACUAAAGAGUAACUAUUUUCAAAGAUAUAUUAAAAUCAAAAUAAUUUGCUUUAACAGCAGCAAAACACUCAGAAAUAGUUCACAACAUCUAAUUCAAAAAGAUCAAUAGUUACAGCUAAAGAUAGAUUCAAUUAGUAUAAGCAUUAAAGAAAUCAGUAAAUGAUCAUCCAAGCUUAGCCCUUUUACAAGAUGUUUGACAACAAUUAGAUGAUGGCUGAUGAUGAUAUGCCAAUCAAAAUUGUUCAGAAUGCUUUUAUAGUAAGACCUAAACAUAACUAGAUAAAUUUCAAGUACUUAUAAAACAAUGUUAAGAAAUAUGACUAAGACAUUCAAACUACCUCUACUUUCUAACCAUCUCCAUAGAAUAACUCGUAUCUGAAGGCAAAACUGAACUAAGGAGGAGAGAGUUUUGAACUUAUUACAAAUGAAUUAGUCAAUGAAACGAGACUUAUAAGCGAUCGAGGGUUAAUUCAUGAUGUACAAAUGUUUAACUAGAAUGGCACAUCUAGUGGUUUCAAAGUAUCUAUUUACAAAUAAGACAGUAAGAUUAAUGAAGAUAACUGA